CUAUAAUUAGGCUGGCGGACAAGUUAGAUGCCAUUUGCUUAUUGUGAUUUGGUCAGGCUGUGUGAAAGUUGUGUUAGUGCAAAAUGAGGAUAUUUUUGAUAUUUUUUUCUGCGGCCAUAAUAAUUGCAUUAGCCGAUGCCCAACGAAAGCCUAACAUCACCAAACCGGUUGUGAACCUCGAGAAACGACCACGUACUUCACUAUGGCGUCGACCUCCCGAAGAAAGAAGAAAACUAUCGAUAUUCCCAAAAAACAACGUAAAGUUCGUGGUCACCCCCAAACCUGUGAACGACGAGCCACAGGAGUCAUCAACUAAAAGGCCGUUAAUGAGAAAGUUUAUAACGCAGGACAAGAACGAGAAAGGAACCUGGUCAUUCGCACGAAGAGAGCCUCUCAUGAAGACACAGAGAUUCACUGUGACGGCACCACCAAAAUCUAGCAACCAAAAAGCCAUUGAAGAAAUUAAAUCUGAAGAAUCAUUGACUGUACCAAUUGUGCUUAGCGAUAUAAACACCAAGCAUCAUAGUAUAAACAAAGGGAACCUAAUUGAAGCGGUGAAAAUACAAAAGAACCCUGCGGCAUCUAAACAUAAAGCUGAACAACGUGUUACCAAAGUAGGAAUUCCUCAAAAAACCAAGAUAAAUGACACACAAGAUUCCAAAAUUGAUCAAAAGAAUGAUAAUAAAAGUCGAGCAACAUUUGGAGAAGACUUAAUCGAUGUACGACGUUUCAACGACGACGGUGUUCAUUUGGAUGCAAACGAAACUAUAAACACGGACCAAAAUGAGCAGAAGGUUCUCAAUAAAACAACUGAUACUCUUAACACAGAAGCUUUAGAAGACAUUGAUGACAGAGCAGUAGACUUAAAUGAAAUUAAAUACCCGAUUGGCCAUGACAAUAAUUCACUAAAAAUGGAUAGUGAAGGAUCUGACAAUCAUAAAGCAGGGCAGAUUUUGAACAUCAAUGACCUUGAAAUCAUGUUAGAAAAACUAGUAAAUAUUACUGAAAAGUCAAAUAUUAGCUCUACAUCAGAUUUGAAAGACAAUGGUGCUUUCGUCAUAUUAAACAACGAAACCAGUAUAGACGAAAUACCUCAGUUUGAUGUCACAAAAUCAAACGAUUUUUAUGAUGUUGUAACUCUUAGCACUGAUGAUAAAGAAAAUAUUCAGGGUUCCUUUAAUAAGGCGAACGAAAAAAUGCACCAUGCAAGUGACACCAAUGUAUUAAAUGACAAAGAUAUCAAUGAACAUGAAGCGGAGACUUUGAUUAUAGGUAACUUGGAAAAUCAAACAAAUUUUGUCGAGAACGAUACAGUUAGCGCUGCAAAUAGUGAAAUGUAUCAAGAACAAAAAGAAAGUGUAGGAUUAAAAGUGCAAGAAUUUAAAAUAAAUACUGGUGAUACUUCAAAAAAUACCACUGCGCAUACUAUUGACGGUGAAGUAACUAUUAAUGAUCCAAUAGAAGAACUUACAACUCCCUUGCCCACAAAAGAUAAUAAAAAUGAUUCGGAUACCUCGAAUUCGCUAAAUCUUUCACUUGAAAUAUAUGAAUCUAACAUGCCUUUGAGCAUAGAAGAAAUUUCAAGUGAUUGCGACGAUAAUAAUUGUAAUGAAUCUACGCCAGGUAAAUUAAACUUAACAAUCGAAGAAACCUCUAAUGAAGAAUUAAUUGAAAAUUUGUCUUUCGGGGAAAUUUCAAACGAAUCGACCAGCGGAGCGUCUAACGAUUACGCAGAAGAGCGUUCUAAUGAGUCAUUUAGUAAUUCAUCUGACAACUUACUUAAUGAACAUAUCUCUAAUGAAUCGUCUUCUAAUAUGGCAGGCGAAGAGUUAUCUAAUGAAUACAAUGAAGAUAAAUCUAACAAUUUAACCGAUGAAAUUGUAAGUGAAUCUUUAGUUGAAUCGUCUGAUAAUUUCACUGGAGAGCAAUUCUCAAAUGAGUCAUCUUCAAAUAUGGCUGGAGAGGAGUUAUCGAAUGAAUAUUUUGCAGAUAAAUCUAUCAAUUCUGAAGAGAUUUCACGUGAUUCCAUAAUUGAAAACUCGAACAGUUUUUCUGUUGAACAAAUCUCGAAUGAAUCAUCAAACAUAACCGAGGAAGAAUCUUCGAACGAGUCUUAUUUGAUUGAUGAUAUUACAAAUGAAAGCAUUGAAACCUCUGACGUUAUAACAGAAGAGGAAUCCUCAAAUGAAUCAUCAUCAAAUCCGACUAGCGAAGAAAUAUUAAAUGAGUCUUAUUUCAUUGGGAAUUUUUCAAAUGAAAGCACUGAGAUAUCUUACAAUUUCACUGUAGUGUCAAAGGAAUUGUUGAGUGACAAUUCUGACAAUGUUACUGAUGACAGGAUACCUGAAGUAGUGGCUAGUGAGCAAGGGACGAGCACAGAAGAUAUUGCGGAGGGGACAUUGGUAAAUAGAUUUAAAAGGAGCAAUAACAUAAUUGAAGAAGAAAGUUUACCGACAACUGUCAGCGGAUUCAAAUACACAGGCCACGAAGUCAGACUGAAUCAUGACACGAGUUACAAGAAUAUCAACGCCUGAAAAAAAGUGCAGAGCAAUUUUUCGACUGUGUAAAUAUAUGAAUAGUAGGAGUU